AUGUAAAAUAGAAGAGGUUGUAUAGUUAUUUUAGAUGAAAAAAGUGGUUAAAAGUUGGUUAGAUGUAAAAUAGAACCUAUGCCUAUCCAAUGGUGAGAUGUAAAAAAAAGAUGGAUAAUUAACAAACUUUCAAUCCUUCUUAAUUUUCCUCAACUUUCUUAAUUCUAAUUUAAGUACUACUUCCGUUGAAAAAUAAUUUUGGUAUCCGGUAAUCGAGAACUUAAAAAAAAAAAUAUUUCCGAAAAAAAAAAAAUACUUCCGUCCCAUAUUUUUGUUUUUACUUCUCAUCCACUUCAGUUUCACAAUUUACUUCGUCCAUUUACUCCCAUCAAUUCUCAACCACGUCAUUUAAUUGAUCCAUUUACUCCCCACUCUCAACUAUACCAUUUACUAUAGUCAUUUACUCAUAUCUACUCUCAACUACAUCAUUUACUGUCAUCUACUCUCACCUACAUCAUUUACUCUCAUCUACUCUCACCUACAUCAUUUACUUCAGUCAUUUAUUCUUAUCUACUCUCAACUACACCAUUUACUUACCUUCUAUAUAUACUAUCCUCCCCAUUAUUCAUUCUCACACUCAAAUCUAUAUACAGUCUUCUCUUUCCAAAAAAAUCAUCAUGAGCAAUUUAACCCACAGAAUAUUACUGGGAGAAUUUGACGGAUCUUCCUCCGAUGAUGAUGAGAUUGCAAUGGCGCAAUUGAUCAUGGCCAGGCAAUACCAAAAAUUUCAAAGAAGACGCCAACAAAGAGGUCAUGUUGGUUCUACAAGCGGUCGAGCCUGGAUCCCCCGUGACAGAGUUGCUGCUGACCAACGACUCAAUGAUGAUUACUUUUGUGAGUAUCCGCUCUACGACGAAAAGUUGUUUCAGCAACGUUUUCGAAUGAGUCGACCCUUAUUUCACAAGAUCUUGGGCAAACUCCAACAACAUGACGUGACGUUCGUCCAAAGGAAUGAUGCAACGGGAGCUGCAGGUCUUUCUGGUAUCCAAAAGAUGACAGCAGCUCUGAGGAUGAUGGCAUAUGGGACGCCUGCUGAUAGUCUUGAUGAGUAUCUCAAGAUUGGAGAAAGUACAGCAGUUGACUCUCUUCAAAACUUCUGUAGAGGCGUUAUCUCUAUUUUUGAAGCAGAAUACCUGAGAAAACCAAAUGAAGCAGAUACUGCAAGGCUCUUACAUGUGGGCAAUCAGCGUGGUUUUCCUGGAAUGCUAGGCAGCUUAGAUUGUAUGCAUUGGCAGUGGGACAAAUGUCCAACUGCUUACCACGGCUUCUUCAGUGGCCGCAGCGGAAAACCCACUAUCGUACUUGAAGCAGUUGCAUCGUAUGAUUUGUGGAUUUGGCAUGCUUUCUUUGGCAUGCCUGGGUCAUUCAACGAUAUCAACGUUCUUGAUCAAUCUCAUCUCUUUGAUGAUCUCAGUGCCGGUCGUGCCCCUCCAGCCCAUUUUGUUGUUAACGGGAGUCAGUAUGACAUGGGGUACUACCUUGCUGAUGGUAUCUAUCCAAAAUGGGCGACUCUCGUCCAAACCAUUUCUCAACCACAAGGAAGAAAGAAGCAACACUUUGCGAGGAUGCAGGAGGCAUGUCGCAAAGAUGUUGAAAGGGCAUUUGGCGUACUCCAAGCGCGCUGGGCAAUUGUGAGAGGACCGGCGCGAUUCUGGAAUGAGGAGGAUCUAGGCUGCAUCAUGAAAACAUGUGUCAUUUUGCAUAACAUGAUAAUUGAAGACCAACGUGAUCACGAUGCUAGUGAUGAAAUUACUGAACUUCUUUCUUCCAAUCCAAUUCAAGUAUCGAGAGAUAUCACUCCUGCAUUGGUUGAUUUCUUUAAAAAUAACCGCAGGAUUCGAUCAAAUGAGGCACAUCAUUCGCUCCGCAAUGAUCUUAUUGAACACCUAUGGGCCCGUAAUGGAGAUGAAGAAUGAGGUUCCCGUGUCUUGUAUUUCAUUAUCGAGUCUUGUAUGUCAUUUUCUAGUCUUAUAUUUCAUUAUCGAGUCUUGUAUUUCAUUUUCGAGUCUUGUUUUUUAUUAUCGAGUCUUGUAUUUCAUUAUCGAGUCUUGUACUUCAUUAGCUAAAUAAAAUGCAUUUUAUUAUC